UUUCUAAUUGCUUUUUUAUUUUUUUUGUUAUUUCCUUCAGUUGACUGAAGAAGUGGAAUAUAUUGAGUCUAUUUUUGAAUUUGUUGUCAGUGAGACAUUUUAUCGAACAGUCUGUGUGCGUUGCUGAAACUAAAACGAGAACGUGCUAAGUGAAAUUUGACUUUAAGAAACUAGGUGUUUCCUCGUCUAAUUGUCUGGUAGCAUAAUCACUAAUCCGAGUGUUUGAUCAGAUAGAGAAUUUUCCUUACGUUAGGAUUAUCAUCAUCAAAGUUUAUGCUAGUGCUGAUUUAGAACUUACAUAAGCGUUACUGACAUUUAUGACCUGUUCUUUUGGGUAGAGCUUCAAUUCAGCUUGUUUAAGUUCGUUUCAGUUAAGUUCAUUUCAGUUGAGUUUAGCUACUUUCCUAUCAUAGUUUUACUUCAGCUCGUUUCAGUUUGGCUUUAUUCCAUGUAUCUUUAAUUACUUGCAAUUGUAGGCACAAGUAUCUAGGAGAGGAUAAAAGAUGUGGUGGAGACCGUAACUUGGAAAAUGACAAAUAAUUGGGAAUUAUAGGUAGGAAGAUGACAAAAUUAAAGGAAAAUAUUGGUACUUUUUGGUGUAGAGGUGAAGCCAGACAAUAUUUAUAGGAAGAGCUAGUAAUUACUCAAGCAUGAAGCAUUAGGCCAAGGAUUAUAUUAUAAUGUAAUUGAAAAAAAACGGAGAGUAGAAGGGGGGGGGGGGGGAGGCUUCCCCUUGUGCCCCAACAUGACUUUGCCCAUGUUUUGGUGGAUCAUGGUUUCCAAAUAAACAAAUGUACCUUAUAGAAAGAGAGAUUAUUUUAUGGAAAAGAUAGCAAGUAAAAGAAAAGGUAGGGAAUAGUAGUUAAUGCUUGCUCUGAGUUUAUGACGCAGCCACUGGAAUGAUCUGGUCUGGUUUUAGAUGAGAGUUGAGACACAUUGGAGCCAAUAGUCAGUCUUCUUGUUCCCGUCACUAUGUGUGCGUAAGUUAGUUGUGGAGGAUGGGGCCUUGAAGAAUAGUUUUUUCUUGUUUGGUGCUGCUAGAUGCCUGAAUUUAGGGAAAUAUGGUAUGUCACAUCGCCAUAUUCUAGGAACAUGAGGGUCACAAGCCUGGAUUGUCAAGUGGUUGCAGUUUGCAAACAAUAUGAAACUUUGUCAGUGGCCAUUACGCAGGAUUCACAAUUGCCUUAUGAAGCUUUCUGUAUCACGAUUAUUACCUAAGCUACUUCUCAUGAAUCACGUUGUUAGGAGUUAUUCCUGCUAAAUUAUGCAUUCAACAGAGGGUCAUUACAUUUAGCCUUUUCCCCCCUUUUGGUUGAGGUCUAUGUAAUUAGUAGAAGUUACGAUAACAAAUGUACUGCCUUGUCAAAUAUGAUCUUAUUCCGUGAUCUUACUUUUUUGUGUAUAAGAUUGUCUUCCUUUAGCAAAGAUGAAAUUAUGCUGGAUGGUCCCAGUGAGUAUUAGAAAUGAAGAAAGUGCUUUAUAUGGGGUUCGUAUCAUGUUAAAUAAUGUGCCAUACUAAUUAUUUCGGUAAAAUGAUCUAGUAUUUUACUUAAGUAGUCUCUCGAAUUGGCUUAAGUAACUAUCAAAAAGGAAAAAGUAACACAUUUUUGUUUUUACAUCAAUAUGCCGAUGUUUCCUUGCAUCAAUUGUUUGCAAAAGGUACCCCCUUUAUAAUCCUCAAGUUUUUUGGUAUAUAGAAAGUCAUAAAAGACAAUGAUGUAGAUAAGGAUUCAAUAUGCUUUGUGUACCAUCCCCCACAAGAUGACUUAGAUUAGUGAACCCACACAUACACCCUGUGAUCUUAAAUUGUAAUUGAUGAAUAAUAAUGAUUCUUUAUGGGGAUGGUGGGUUUAUUUUUUUCUUUAUAUAAGCAAAGUAAUUAAAUAACCUAUAUCUAUUUAUUAUUGAUUCUUGCUUUCCAAGCUAAUAAUCCUUAAUGUAGAUUGCAUGCCAAACUUCUUAAAAUCUCCUAAUUAACAUAUUCUUCAAACUGAGAAAUGUGGCAAUCAAGUUAUGUUAAACUAAGUGAGAAGGCAACAUGCAUCUUGCAUGCCAAUGAUAUUAGUAAUUUUUGAAAGCCAAGCAUUGAGCAUGCGUCCAAGACGGCAUGCUCACAAGCGUUUUAUUGUUUAAUGCUUGAAGUGUGAAGGUUUAUUUGACUUUAAUUUGCUUGAGUACUAUCUGCAUUCGUUUUUUUUUUUUGGCUAAGUACAAAUCUUUCAUACUUUUUGGGACUAUAAUAUCCCCCGUCCCCAAUCCCAUUUUGUUACUUUAUUAACCGUUGUGUUGAGCGGGUAAGUAGAGAGAGAUUGUGACAACCAUGUCACCUGAAUACUAAAUGGAGCAAUAUUUUAGGGAUAAACGAAAGUAUAAGUGGGGCAAUCUUCAAAUGACGGAGGUAGUCACUAGUGAGGUACUAUAUAUUCGAUCAACCAAAUACCCUUAUUCACCUCUUCUACCUCCUUUGUCUUGUUUCAAAGCCUCAGCAAACCACUUUAAACACACCACAAGUAGGAAAUCACAUGAUGACCUCAGAGCAAGCUGGCCGAUAUCACAUAUUUUUCCUCCCGUUCAUGGCUCCAGGUCAUAUCAUUCCAACUUUGGACAUGGCCAGAUUAUUUGCAACUCAAGGAAUCAAAUCCACCGUUGUUACUACCCCUGCAAACCUGCAUUAUUUUACUGAGACCCUCGAUGUCCAUACCCAAAAACCUGGUAUUGAAAUCGACCUCCUUACCAUGAUAUUCCCUUAUGAGGAAGCAGGACUUCCAGAAGGGUGUGAAAAUUUCGACUCUAUCACCUCCCCUGAGAUGUUCUACAAACUUUUUAAGGCCAUUGAUCUUCUUCAACACCCUUUUACAAACCUAAUGGAAAAAUACCAACCUAAUUGUUUAGUAGCUGAUCCUUUCUUUUAUUGGGCUAAUUCCAUUGCCACUAAGUUUGGAGUUCCACGCUUAGUAUUCAAUGGAAGUAGUUACUUUUCCCGGUGCAUCAUUUCUAAUUUACUUCGUUUCGAACCUCACAAGAAUGUUUCAUCUGAUUCAGAAGCUUUUAUCGUUCCUGGUGAUCUUCCUCAUGAGAUAAAGUUAACAAAAUCAGAGUUAGCACCUUACCACAAAAAAGAAGGUUCGGAUUCUUUACUUGAACUGAUGGAUAAAAUAAAAGAAGGGGUGAGUGGAUGUUAUGGGGUGAUAAUGAAUAGCUUCUAUGAGUUAGAAUCUGCUUACAUUGAUUAUUAUGAAAAGAUUACAGGUAAUAAAAGCUGGCAUAUUGGACCAUGUUCGCUUUACUUUAAUGAAGGAGACAAUAAUGGAGUUGAUGAUCAUAGAGGGGAAAUGUCUUCAAUUAAUGUAAGCGAGUGUAGGAGAUGGCUUGAUGGCAACGAGGUUAAUUCAGUCCUUUAUAUUUGUCUUGGUAGUAUGUCAAAUGUGCUAGAUGCUCAACUGCAUGAGAUUGCAGUAGCUCUUGAAGCCUUGGAUCAUCAAAACUUUAUCCUAGUUGUGAGGAAGGAGGACACUAAGGAUUGUUUCCCACAUGGGUUCGAGGCAACAGUUGAAGGGCGAGGUUUGAUUGUAAGAGGUUGGGCUCCACAAACUAUGAUUCUUAAUCAUCCCGCUGUUGGUGGGUUUGUGACUCAUUGUGGGUGGAACUCGAUAUUGGAAGGGGUGAUCGCUGGUGUGCCUAUGAUGACAUGGCCCCUUCAUGCUGAGCAAUUUUAUAAUGAGAAGUUGGUAACAGAUGUUUUGAAUAUUGGUAUUCCUGUUGGAGCUAAAAGAUGGGUUACGAGGAUGGGGAUUCACAACAUUGUCAUUGGUAACAUAGAAAUUCUGAAUGCAAUGAAGAGGGUAAUGCUUGGUAAAGAAGCUGAAGAUAUGAGAAUUAGGGGUAAGGAGCUUAAAGAGAUGGCAAGGAAGGCUGUUUCCACAGGGGGAUCAUCUUGCUCUCGUUUAAGUGCUUUUAUAGGAGAAAUAAAAUCAUACAAGAACUGAAUCUAUUUCCAAAGCAAGUGGCAAAGAUAUCCAUGCUUUUUUCAAAUAAAGAUACACUAGAAGUUAGGAUGUUUUGCCUUUUUCUCAAGAUUGUCCCUUUUCUUUAGAAUGCAUUUUUCGUUGUUUUCAGGUUAAAAGGGUCAAUUUUCUCUCGGUGUUUGUUUUAUACUUCUAUAAUCUAUUGUUAUUUAUGCGGAACUUAAAAUUAAGAUUUUACUUCUGUUCUUAUUUUCUAACUACCUUUUUUUUUUCUCACUGGGAUCCAAACUAGGCCAUGAUUCAAUUUUCUGUCUACUUUUUUCUCCAUGUCUUAAUAACUUUGAUCUUUUGAGUUGCAACAAAGGAAGUAGUAUACUUUUUUCUCAUAGUUGAUCAGUAUUUCUUUGUUAUAGCAAAAUUCUGGUAGUGUUAUUUUUUUUUAUUUUUUAUUUUUAAUAAGGAGAACAAACUUAGACUAGCACCCUAAUCUGGAGGCCAGCCUAAAACAUUCUGGUAGUGUUAUAUCAUAAUUAAUAUUUAACUGAGAAUUAUAGCAUAAUUAUUCGUCGUUUGAUGCUACUAAAUAUUUUGUUUUUUUAUUUCUAGAUUAUUGGUAGUGCUUAGUUAUCUUUUUAUUUUAUUUUUUUUGUAAUUAUAAAUUAAUUGCCCAUUUGGUAAGCAAUUAUAAAUAAUGGUAUUGGUAAUAUAUUUUGUUACAUAUUAAAGGAAUUCUCAAGCGAACAUUCAUGGUAAUGCUACUUCACUAUAAAACAUCUAUUUUCUUCCUAAAAUUUAUAAUAACCCGUUUCCACUUGGGAAUAUGAAACUUAUAUGGUAAUACAAAUUUACAAGGAAAAACCUAUGUUUGGGGAUAAAGUUUUAUUACCAUGAUAUUAACAUGAGAUUUUUUUUAAAAAAAUUAGACUAAAUUGUAUAUUGAUAACACUAUUUAUGUCUACUAGAUCAACUUUAACAGUGCUGUUUGAAGCGACUAUUCUUUAGAUACACAUGUCAUAGUAAUAUUGAGAAGUUGACAUUUACGGCUCGUUUGGUAGUUGGUCAUAAAUGGUGGUAAUGGGAAUGAAUUUGUGUGUAAAUUUGUGAAGAAUAUCAUUGUUCAUUCCCAUGGUAAUGCUAAUUUAUCCUAAAGUGUCCACUUUUUUUUCUUGAAUUUUCAUUCCCAUCCAAUACUUCCUUGUAGGUAGUAAUGAGUGGUAAUGAAUUAAAAUUGCUUUCACUUGUAGACAAAAACACAAGUUUAGGGUUGAGAUUGCUUGCCCAUGGAAAAAAAUGUUUCUCCAUGGAGAUUUUAAGAGUACUUCCCUGAUAAAAUUAUACUUAAAAUUCAUUCCCAUUACCGUAAUUUAUUAAGGACUACCAAAUAGACCGUUAAUAUCUCAUAUUCGGUACAAUUGUAUUACAUUAAGGCGGCCUAGACCACAAGCUCAACAUGGAGUAUAUCUUUGGAAUCACGGAGCAUACAUUGAAUCUAAAUACAAAUAUCUCAAUUAUUUUAGUUGUAGACUGUAAUCAUAUAGUGGGAAUAUCCUGAUGCACACUACAACUAGACAAUAUCCAUUAUCCAUGUAAUAAUUAAUAAACAAACAACCUUCAACCUCUUCCUUUUGCUCUUCCAUUGUCAUGUUCCCAAACCAGAAAAACACUACGCAAACUCUCCAAAUCAUACCAGAAGAGUUGACAGAAAAAUGACCACCUUAGAGCAACAUAAAUUUCACAUAUUUUUCUUCCCUUUCAUGGCUCCAGGCCAUAUGAUUCCGACUUUAGACAUGGCUAGACUAUUUGCAAGUCGAGGAAUCAAAUCCACCAUUGUUACCACCCCUGCUAACCUGCAUUACUUCACUGAAACCAUCAAAGUCCAUACCCAGAAAUCCGGCAUCCAAAUCGAUCUCCUAACCAUAAAUUUUCCUUCUGAGGAAGUAGGACUUCCAGAAGGAUGUGAAAACUUCGAAUCUGUAACUUCCUCUGAAAUGUUCCACAAAUUUUGUAAGGCAGUUGAUCUUCUUCAACACCCUUUUGCAAAUUUAAUGGAAAAAUACAACCCUAAUUGUUUAGUAGCUGAUCCUUUCUUUUCUUGGGCUAAUUCUGUUGCUAGUAAGUUUAGGGUUCCACGUUUAGCAUUCCAUGGAUCGAGUUACUUUUCUCAGUGCAUUGUUUCGAGUUUACUUCACUUUGAACCUCACAAGAACCUUUCUUCAGAUUCUGAAACUUUUGUUGUUCCUGGUGAUCUUCCUCAUGAGAUAAAGUUGACAAUAUCAGAGUUAGCUCCGUAUGACAAAAAUGAAGGUCCAACAUUUUUACUUGAUUUGAUGGGAAAAAUAAGAGAAGAGGUGAAAGGGUGUUAUGGGGUCAUAAUGAAUAGUUUCUAUGAGUUAGAAUCUGGUUAUAUUGAUCAUUAUGGGAAUAUCUUGUGUAUGAAAAACUGGCAUAUUGGACCAUUUUCGCUGUACUUUAAUGGAGGUGGUAAUAAUGGAGUUGAUGAUGAUCAUAGAGGGAAAAUGUCUUCAAUUGAUGUAAGUGAAUGUAGGAGAUGGCUUGAUGAGAAAGAGGGUAAUUCAGUCAUUUAUAUCUGCCUUGGGAGUGUGUCAAAUGUAUUAGAUGUUCAGUUACAUGAGAUAGCAAUAGCACUUGAAGAUUUAGGUCUAAGUUUUAUUCUUGUUGUAAGGAAAGAAGACACAAAGGAAUGGGUUUUAGAUGGGUUUAAGGCAAGGGUUGAAGGACAAGGUUUAAUUAUAAGAGGUUGGGCACCACAAAAAUUGAUUCUUAGACAUCAGAGUGUGGGUGGAUUUGUGACGCAUUGUGGGUGGAACUCGAUACUAGAAGGGGUGACUGCUGGUGUACCUAUGGUGACAUGGCCCCUCCAUGCUGAGCAAUUUUACAAUGAGAAACUUGUGACAGAUGUUUUAAAGAUUGGUAUACAAAUCGGGGUAAAAAAAUGGGUUCCAAGAGUAGGGGAUCAUAAUAUUUUGGUUGGAAACAAAGAGAUCUUGAAGGCAAUGAAGAGGGUGAUGAUUGGUGAAGAAGCGCAAGAUAUGAGAAAUAGGGUUAAGGAGCUCAAGGAUAUGGCAAGAGAGGCCAUUUCUGAAACAGGAUCAUCUUAUUCUCAAUUAAGUACUUUAAUUAAAGAAAUGAAAUCAUACAAGAACUAGAUCUUCUUAAAAUGCAAGUAGCUGAAUUAGCCUCCAUCAUUCGUUUUGUUUGUUUAGAGGGUGUGUUCGAGGUUGGUUUUAUGAUAGUUUCCUAUUUAGCUGAGUAAUACUUUAUGUAUCAUGAGUUCAAGAUUGCAUAUUUUUCUAAUCAGAUACCAGAUAAAUGCACAAUGCUUCAAGUAUAUAACCUUUUCUCUUCGCUCUGAAGCUACUAUACUAUAGUUCUUGUUAAGAGGAUCACAUAUUACUGUAGUUAGAAUAGAAUAUUACCUAAUUAGUAGCUCAUUUAGUUUAGGAUACAUGAGAGAUAGCUGUGAUUGAGUGAGCACAUAGACACCUUUUGGACAUGGUGAGACAAAACUAAUCCUUUUGGACAUGGCGAGACAAAACUAACAAAAGGCUUAUUUUAGGAAUUAGCGAGCACAUGCAUAUUUAAGUAUAUAGACAUGUGACAAGUAGCAAGAAAUUAACAAAAGAGGAGAUGAACAAGGGCAUGGUGAUAUAUACUCACCCAUCAAAGGGGAAAGACUUAGUGAUUGAGUGAAUUUUCCGAGUCAAAAACCAAUGGCAAAAAAGAAAAUAUACUAUUUUCAACCUUUUUAUCUUUAAUUACCAAUAAGCAAAAAUUGCAAAAAGUUGAUAUUUGGACAAUAUAUAUUGAGAGAAACUAAUAAGAUUUCACAUGAUUAUAUUUAUCUUUAAGUACAAAUCACAACGAGAUUGUAAAAGUCAUGUAUGUGAAUUGUAUCAAAAGUCAAAAUAGGUCAUUAAAAAAAAAGGAAGUAUUUAUUAAGGAUCAAGAAGAAGAAAAUAGAACUUGAAAGAAAAGGGAAGAUGUUGCAUGGCCAAGUAAUUGUUGAAUAAAUUAGAAUCUCUUUAUGGGAUUAUUUUAGUAUCUGUUGUGGAGAUCUCCUUCUCCAUCUAUGAGAGUUGUAUGGUUUUUUUUUUUUUAAUUUUAGAUAUGAUAAAUUGUUCUCAUUGGUUGAAGUUCGAGACUCAACAUAAAGAUAUUAGAAUCUAGGAUGCGAUAAACAUGACUCGAUCGAGAAUGUUCUUCCCAAACUAUGUCAGAAUGAUAGAUUUCCUUAUUAAUAGUUGUUUGAUUAAGUAAAUACAAGGGGGCUGCGUUGUAUACUUGUAUUGCUCGAUCUGGUUCAUUGUAGUUUCUUCGAAGACGAAUUUGAUUUAACCUUGUUUGAUUAUAUCUUCUUUUUCUUUAGUAUCUAUUGUAGAUGUCAUUUGACCUUUAAUUAAUGAAAUUUCUCUUUCAAAAAGAAAAAGUAAUUAAUGACAUGUGAUCUAAUUGCAGGUAAUCUUAAAAAGAAUUAGAGUGUGUUUUAUUCACACAAAUAUUGACUUCUAACUUGUUUGGUAGAAAUGAUUUAUUACGAAAGAAAGGAACUGGAAGGAAAUUCAUUAGUUUUUAAUGUUUGGUUAGAAAAAAUUUAAGUGAAAGAAAAUGGAAAGAAUUGGAAGAAUUUUUUUAAAAUAAAAUUUUACUUUUCUUUUCUCCUAAAAGUGGGGGAAUUUGGGAGGAAAGAGAAAAUCUAAACCACACACGAGAUUGUUGGGUUUCGGGUUAGGUUGGUGGAUUGCUCAAUAAUUGUCAGCUCUAGGUGAAAGGGAAGAGAAAAUGGAGAUUGAAGAGGGAGCAUAUGGUGAUGAUAAUGGUGGUGGUAUUGUGACAAAAUUUAAAUGAAUUUGAAAAUUACAAGAUAAUUAUUUUUAGUUGGUCUUCUGAGAGACAUACUUUUAAUAUAAAAUUAGGCAAGUAGGUAACGGUUCAAACCCAACAUUAAGAUCUUUUCAUGUAUAAUGACUAGUUGAACUAUUUAGUGACCAAUUAAUCUAUUUAGAACUAGUAUAAUCUAUUAAGUAAUCACAUUCCUAAUUUAUUUUAUUUAUAGACUAGUUUAAUUAAUUCGAUAAGACCAUUGAAAUAUUCUUAAAAAUGUUUAUUAUAGUUCGAGAUUCAAUGUGAAACAAAGGAGAAGGGACGACUAGGUUGGUGUGAGAUGUUUGGGGAUAGCGUUGGGUUAGAGUUUGAUGGAUUGAUCUUGUUAGAAAAAGUAGGUUCCAAUUUGUCUAAUUUUAUAUCAAAAUUAUUCUAAUCUCAUAUUCUUAGAUUAAAAAAAUAUGGUUAUAAAUCUUUGAACUUUGUGAAAAAAAAAAAUGAACGAAGCUAAUCUUCCAAGACAGAAAGAGUAUAAUAUUGAGAGGUGAAUCCCAAUUUCAAGUUGAAGGAACUUGUCCAAAAUUUUCAACUUUUGCCAACUAUUUUCAAGUUGAAUUCAAUCUUUAUUUCGUGGCAACAUCAAUGUAAGUUAAAUUAAAUACACUUUUGCUACGGUUAGCUUCCUGUUGCAUCUGAGCGUCAGAUAGUCAGAAGUAAACCAGCUAGAUAUAUCAGAUAUAUAUGCUGUCAACUUGUCAUCAUGAUGCAUAGUAAGUCUAUUGCCUACUAGAAACACUUGGUAAUCAACUGGUGGAGUCCAAAAGAGACUCAAACACCCCAAAAAAACACAAUGGUACCAUUAUAACCUGGCAUUGGUACCAAGCAAACCCUUGCCACACGCUCGUGAAAUCUUUCAACACAUAAAAUGAUCAAUCUGCCCCCUUUUGAGUCUACCAAGAGACUCAAACGGUUGGAUGCCUAGCCAAGCUCUAUUGCCUACAUCCCUGUUCUUUUGUGUUGAAGUAUAUUAGACUGAAUUAAAAUACUUCAUCCGUUUUAAUUUCGUGGUGAUACUUUUCUUAUUUGGCAUGUUUCAAUUUAGUUGUGACACUUUUUUUUUCACCUUAAAAUGCAAAGUUUGUGAUUGUGAUUUUAUGAUUUUAUCUUUGUUUAUGACAUUUAAUGAAAUCGAAUCCUGCUUAAUAUAACCUCAUUAAUCAUAAUCUAAUUAAAUGACUCCCACCAAAAUUUAACCCCCCAAUUACCUUUCAUCAAUUGCAUUAGAAAAAACCCCAACCACCUUUUAAUCAAUUAAAUCCCCACCCACAAUUACAUCUCACCCUUCAUUUGUUCAUCUCCUCCAAACCUCAAUUCAACUUUCUCUCUCCUCACUUCACCUCUCUCUCUCCUUAAAUCUCCACUCCUCUUCAAAUUAAACCUAAUUUUUCAUACUUCAAGUUAGAGGUAUUUGCGGUUUGGGUUGGUGCGGUUUGGGAUGUAACCCAACCCAAAUCGCAAAUAUAUAGUUGGACAUUUUUCCAACCCAAACCGCACCGCACUUUUGUCCAAACCAACCCAAAUCGAACCGCGCAAAACGGUUUGGUGCGGUUUGGUUUGGCGUUUUACCAUUUUUUCUUCCGCAAUAUUAAUUUUGUAAUCUAAAACUUAAAAAAAUUUGUUACUAAGAGUCCAAAUAGAUAUGAAGUUGACUUCAUAAUUAAACAUAAAUAAUAAUCUAUGACCUUUUAAAAAUUGCAAAUGAUGCUACUGUUCAAAUAAAUAGUGUUGAGUCACAAAACACUGAAAUUCACUCUUCAUAAGAAGAGGCAAUCUCAACCCUUCAUCUGUUCUUCCAUCUUAGCCACACGAUCUUUUUCUUUCUCUCUCCUCUUCUUCACGUCUCUCCUCUAUCCUCUCUGUUCUCUCUGUCUUUCUCACUGUUGAUCUAAUGUGUGUUUUUCUAAGAUCGAGUGGAAAUUGAUGCCAAACUUGGAUCAACAAAGCGCCAAACUUGGAUCAACAAAGCGCAAAACUUGUCAAUCAGUGGGUUCGUUUUUCUCCUUUUUUCACGUCUCUCUUCUAAUGCGUCAAUUUCCCCCCCAAAUUUUCACUGAAAACUGUGUAAUCUGGGAGAUGAACAAAGACCGGCCGUCUAAUCCUCUCUAUUUCUUCAUCUUCAUCUGGACUUUUGAGGUACAAUUAGAUAAUAAAGGAAAUGAUUGAUGCUAAUAAAUUUCUCAUGAAGCCAGUAAUAAGCACACUCGAGGCACCAAAUUGAAUCUAGCAUCAAUUUUGUGGCUUCAGGUGUUCGAUAUGUAAUUGAGAUGGAUAUGGUAGUUCAAAUAUGGCAUCUACAAUUAUAGUACUUGGGUUUUUUUCCCAGAAAAUUGAACUACUUGCAAUCAGAUAAUGUACCAAUUCAACAACUUGUUACACGUCUCAUAGAAAAACUAUAUUGAGUUGGCCGCAGAUUUAUUUAAUGAUGCACAUAAUGUAUCCUUAUGAUAUUAUAUCAAACCUUAAUGUAACUCAAAGUUGAAAACAAGGUUGGAGGAAAAAUUGCAUUGAAUUCUAUGGUAAAUAGUAUGAAGAAUACCCCCCCCCCCCAAAUCGGGAAACUGCACUGAAUUUUUUAAUUUGAUUCCUUUUAAUUUCCGUGGUUAUUUUUCUGGGUAGAAUAAUGUUCAAAUUAUAUAAUGAUUUGGGUCAGUUUUAAACUUGCCUUGUUUGUUCAUCAGCAUUUGUCUUUCUAUUUCCUUUAAUCUAUCAUUUCCUUUUUUCUUUGUGUUGCUUAAUUGUUAUUGCACUCAAAACUAAACUUUCAUUCCUUCUGUUUCAAUUUUGCAGCUACAAUAAGUAUAACAUGUUGUAAGCUUAUUUUUUGAGUGACUAUAACAAUUAAAUAAUCAGCUAGAGGAUAGACGUGCAAACCUAAAAGGUCAUCAUUCUGCACUUUCCACAGAACAUCAGCCCCUCAAAAACACCAUCUGAUGCAGCUAUGAGCAACGUGGACAAAUUUCGCGACUUUAUCAAGCACGUGUAUGUGGAUAGGAGAUACAGUGGUGAAAGAGGUAGCGGCAGACCUCCAUGCGAAAAACUGGAAUAGAAUGAUCACCAAGGAUAAACAUUAUUGAAUCCAGAAGCAGCCAUGUUGUUACAGUGGAGCUUUCUUGUGUUGAGAUCAACGAUAUUGAAGGGGAGAUGGAUGAGAAAAUGUAUAACAUGAUCAAAUAACUUCUUAGUGUUUAUGCUAAAAGGGGUAAACUCGAAUUGUAUAUCUUUAGCGACCAUUAUAUUCAGUUCCAAUAAAUUGAUGUUUAGGAUUAACAAAAGUUUGUUGACUUUAGCAAUGAAUUAUCACAAUUUUCGAACAUCAAAAGUGUCAUUUGAAGUAUCAAUGUAGACAAAAUUAUGUGUUGGGAUCAAUAAUAAUCAAUGUUGGAGUGCACAAGAAUUUUGCUCCUUCGCCCAUCGUGAGGAAGUGCAAUUGGAGAGUCACUUGCAUAGAUAGAAUAUACUUCCUCUGUUUCACAAUAAGUGAAAAAUAGAGAAAGUGGAGAGUUAAUACCAAAGAAUUUAGAGAGAGAAAGUUGGGAUCACAAUAAAGUAGAGUGAAUAAGUAUUGAAGUUGUGGUCUCUUCUUACUUUUUGAUGGUAUAUUUGUAAUAAGGGUGAUUUUUUUUUACCAUUUGAAGCUUGAUUUCACUUAUUGUGAUUAUUCCAAAUAAGGAAAGUGUUUUACUUAUUGUGAAAUGGAGGAAGUAAGUUUUAACAUAAGUUCAUUUCUAAGUAAGUUUUCUAACCAGGUUUCAUAAUGUGCGGUUGUGAACAUUCUAAAAGUCAUUAUUUUCGCUUUUUAUAAUUAUGAAAGUACUGGUUGUGAACAUUCUAAAAGUCAUUAUUUUCGCUUUUUAUAAUUAUGAAAGUACUGAUAUCCUUAGAGGGAAUUGUCAAAUUUUGAUUGCACUA